GUGGAGGUUUUUGGACCAAACGAAGGAUCUGAAGGUGCCAAACACCUCAGAGGACUCUUCAAAACCAGGUCUGGUCUGGACGGGUGAAUCCAGAGGAAGAACCCGGGGAAUCGAGCAAGUUCCCCUUCCGGAAGUGAAGGUAGUGCCUUGUUCGGUUGCUGGUGCUGGAGAAGGUUCGGUGGAGGUGGAGAACGUCAGGAACGACUUCAGAACAGACGAGAAGAUCGGAUAUGAGUCCUGGAGGAGUUCUGGAGACACAGAGGACAGAAACCGGACAGACGUCGUCCUUCAGGAGAACAUCGUCCUUCGUUCCACGGACCAGAAACGUGACCAGGAUAGAAAAGAUCUCAUUGCCCAAACCCUGACGUCCGACGGCACUGUACCUCCUCAGGACCGUUUUCUUGCCCUGAGGAACUCCUCGCCCGGAUCCAGGUGGGGGUUUAUGGCUCAACCGAAAGAUCUGAAGGUGCCAGACACCUCAGAAGACUCCUCAGAACCAGGUCUGGUCUGGACGGGUGAAUCCGGACGUAGAACCCGGGGAAUCGAGCAAGUUCCCCUUCCAGAAGUGAAGGUAGUGCCUUGUUCGGUUCCUGAUGGAGAAGGUUCGGUGGAGGUGGAGAACGUCAGGAAUGACUUCAGAACAGACGAGAAGAUCGGAUAUGAGUCCUGGAGGAGUUCUGGAGACACGGAGGACGUACACCGGACAGACGUGUCCCCCGCUGAGCUGCUAGACCUGCAGACCAACCAGGACUGGGACUCUGAGACGAACUUUAAAGGAUCCUGGGAAGAACGAGCCAAGGAGGCCAGAAGGUUCCAGUCGGGUCCAGAAGGGGGCCAUGAAGACCAGAUCUUGAAUCUGGUCCCGGACGGGCCCCCCACCCCAGGAUCCCCGGUGCCCCCCAGGACCCUGACGAACCGCAGAGGGUCAGAGUCCGAGGGCCAGCGACGGAGGAACACGUCGAUCUCCCUCCUGGAAGACUCUCCCGGUACCAGACGGAGUCACCAGGACCUCCCGUCCUGGUCCAGACCCCCCCCACAGACCCCCGAGGGCCCGGGGGGGCCCCUGAUGGGUCUGGGGGGGCCCCUGGUACCCCUGAGGCCCCCGAGGACCCGCAGGCCCAGCAGUCUGAGGCCGGAGGUCCAGAGGAGACGGGUCCAGUCCGGGUUCCAGGACUCUCUGAGGGGCGGACUGUGGUCCCCGACCCCCCUGGACCAGGGGUUGACCCCCCCGGAGAGACCCCGGACCCUGAAACCCCCCACCAGCCCCCUGAGGUUCGGGUCCCUGGACGGUUCUCUGGACGGUUCUCUGGACGGACCUUCACAAACCGGUCUCUACCAGUCCGGCUCUGAACUGGAGAUGGACGUCGUACCCGGGUCUGGUCUGGUCCAGGUCUCUCCAGGACCCUUCAGGACCUGGUCCCAGAGCACCCCGACGGGUCUGGACUGUCUGGGCUGGACGGGACAUGCGAGACACUCCUGCUGCUCGGUGGUGGUUCCUGACGGUUCUGAGAAGUUCUCGGAGGACCUGGAGGACGACCUGGUCUACGAGGAGUUCCGGUCCGGACAUCGGUUCCCGGGAGGCGGCGGGGGGGAGCAGCUGGCCGUCAACGAGCUGAUCAGCGAUGGCGGCGUGGUCUUCGCCGAGGCCCUGUGGGACCACGUCACCAUGGACGUGCAGGAGUUGGGAUUCAAGGCCGGGGCCGUGGUGGAGGUGGUGGACGCUACGAACAAGGAGUGGUGGUGGGGCCGGAUCCUGGAGGGAGAGGGCUGGUUCCCCGCCUGCUUCGUCCGGCUGCGCGUGAACCAGGACGAGCCCAUGGACGAGUACCUGGCCCAGCUGGACCAGGACCAGGACCAGAACCAGGACCAGAACCGGGACCAGGCCCGUCUGGGCCGGCUGGGACCCGGGUUACCCUGCAAGGAGCAGAUGAGAGCGAACGUCCUGAACGAGAUCAUGAGCACCGAGCGGGAUUACAUCAAACACCUGAAGGACAUCUGUGAGGGCUACAUCAAGCAGUGCCGGAAGAGGACGGACAUGUUCACGGAGGAGCAGCUCAGAACCAUCUUCGGGAACAUCGAGGACAUUUACCGCUUCCAGAGGAAGUUCCUGAAAGUUCUGGAGAAGAAGUUCAGCAAGGAGGAGCCGCACCGGAGUGAGAUCGGCUGCUGUUUCCUGGAGCACCAAACGGACUUCCAGAUCUACUCGGAGUACUGCAACAACCACCCCAACGCCUGCGUGCAGCUCUCCAAGCUCAUGAAGGUCAACAAGUACGUGUUCUUCUUCGAGGCGUGCCGGCUGCUGCAGAGGAUGAUCGACAUCUCUCUGGACGGAUUCCUGCUCACCCCCGUCCAGAAGAUCUGCAAGUAUCCGCUGCAGCUGGCCGAGCUGCUCAAGUACACCAACCCCCAACAUAGGGAUUAUAAAGACGUGGAAGCGGCCUUAAACGCCAUGAAGAACGUAGCGCGGCUGAUCAACGAGAGGAAGAGACGGCUGGAGAACAUCGAUAAGAUCGCCCAGUGGCAGAGCUCCAUCGAGGACUGGGAGGGGGAAGACGUCCUCAGCAGAAGCUCUGAACUCAUCUUUUCAGGAGAGUUGACCAAGUUGUCCCUCCAUCAGUCCAAGAGUCAGCAGAGGAUGUUCUUCCUGUUCGACCAUCAGAUGGUUUACUGCAAGAAGGACCUCCUGCGGAGGGACAUGCUGUACUACAAGGGCCGGGUGGACAUGGACCAGGUGGAGGUUCUGGACCUGGAGGACGGCAGGGAGAAGGACUUCAACAUCUCGGUGAAGAACGGCCUGAAGCUCCGCUCCCUCAACAACGACGACUUCCUGCUCUGCACCAAGAAACCGGAGCAGAAGCAGCGCUGGAUCCGGGCCUUCAACGAUGAACGGAGGCAGGUCCGGCAGGACCGGGAGACAGGCUUCUCCCUGACGGAGCUGCAGAAGCAGCAGGCCCUGCUGAACGCCUGCAAGAGCCACCCGGCCGGGAAACCCAAAGCGGUGACCCGGCCCUACUGCGACUUCCUGCUGCGGCAGAAGCUCCACCCCUCCCUGAACCAGCAGCAGCUGUUCCUGCUGGCCGAGCCCAAGAGGAAGACGCCCUUCUGGACACACCUCUUCAGGAAGUGAUGUCACACCUCUUCAGGAAGUGAUGUCACACCUCUUCAGGAAGUGAUGACACACCUCUUCAGGAAGUGAUGACACACCUCUUCAGGAAGUGAUGUCACACCUCUUCAGGAAGUGAUGGGCCUGGGG